CCUGAAGAGUACCCCAAGUUUACAAAAAUCUGUUUAGCAUCAGUGUGGUCCCAAAACACAGAUGUAGGUAUCCACAGAUGGGGGCCACAAGUCACCAUUGGAUAUAUAGACUGGAUAUUGAACUUCCCCUGUACCUAGUUUGGGAAUCAAAAUUUGUAAAAAAAAUCUCAAAUAGUUUUCUUUAAACCUGUUUCAGCGUUGAUGAUUAUUGGCAGUGAUAUCGUAAGGACGUAUGAGUAAAAUGGUUAACUGCUUAUUCAUGGAAAUAGUUUGGAGAUAUGUAAACAGAAUCCUGGAUUCCUCUCAACCUCCCCCCUUGUAUUCGCUUUUAAAUAUUGUGUAGGCUCUCAGAUUCAAUUAAUCUCUUCUGAGCAUGAUUUAUUCAUGGUAUCACUCAUUCCUGCAGACUGAACAGAAGCCUCUGACAACCAUAGACUGGUUGGCCUGCAGCAUGAAUAGGGAUGUGGUUGGUAGUAUUUGAGUUUGGCUUUUUUUCCCCUGAAUGAAGAUACUUAACUUAUUGUGAAAUCUUGGAGCUUUUUUUCUUUGCUUCACUGCUUUCAAAUUGAAUUGUAUGACCAAAAGUGACCCUUAAAAACCUAGGAAAUAAAAUGUGUAUGAAGUAACAUGUAUGUUUGCACAGCACUCUUUAAUAAGGAAGAUAAAAUUAUUUUUUCCUGUCUGGUUUGGCUUUCUGUCUGUAAAGAAUGGCCACAUUUCUCCUUAAACCAACAGAUUUCUAAUUUGAGUUUAAAGAAAUUACGAGAAGCCGUUGUUAAGCGAAGACAGAGAAGGCUGAUUCUCUAAAUGCAUGGAGUGCAAUUUUCUGUGAUGGCUUUGCGCUACAUACUUGUCACAAGAUAUUUUCACUGUGCUGUCUUGGAAAGCACGUGAGCUCUCCGGCAACAUUUCAGCAAGUCUUAAAAUGUUGAGGUUUCCUAAAGGACUAGUGAGAAAGAUCUGUGAGGAAAUCCCGAGGAGCCCGUGCUUAUUUUUAGACUUCAUUUCCUCCCAGUGGUCCUCAAAGUGAAACACAAUAAGUUAAAACAAAGUUAUAUCAUAUCUAAUAGCCAAGUAUGCCCCCUCCCCCAAGCAGAUACAAAACAGUCUGUGAAGGGAACCCAAAACGCUAAGAUGUACAUUUGUGCAAACUCAGAGGAAAGCCCCAUGUCUACAGAAAAAUACGAAAAGUAUUCUUAAAACGUACAUAAUUGGAGGAAAAACAUCAGCUGGUAUUUUGUGUUACUGUGGCAACCUAAAAUGGCGCUCAACAAAGGAAAGAAGUAUGUGCAUGGGGGAAGCAGGACUGCGAAGAAGAAUGUGAGGGAGAGAAACCACAGGGGCUGUGCAAGAGAAACUGAGACCAUCAUAAAGAGGGCAAGAGACAGGGGCAAGUCGGAGGAAAAGCCAGCCAGCGGGGGAAACUAGGAGCUGUGACAACACAUCUUUCCUCUUUUGCCGGAGUGAGUGAGGGAAGGGAGGCAGAAAAGAAGAGACAGACUGAGACUUACAACCGACGAUGUGUCAGUCAAACACCCUGCAGGGACCAGAGCUGCAUUCAGGGAAAUGGUGAGAUGCUGCAAAGCUUUAUCUAACCCUCCUCCCUCUUGCUGCAACCUCCACAAAGUUAAAAUUCAUGUCCGGAGGCUGCGUUCAGGGAAUGGUGGCAGCGGCAGCUGUGCCGGGGAGCAGCACCCGCAGCUGGAAAAUCCGGGCCCGGCCGGCUUUGCUGGGGGCACCCCAAGUAGGAGAGCCCGUUUCAGGUUGCAAUUUCCCCAGCUAGCCCUGAGGCGGAGAUUGGGCCAGCUGAGCUGUAUGUCUAGGCCUGCUCUGAAACUCCGUUCUUGGCCUCUGACUAUUCUCUAUUAUCUUCUGCCUUUUGGUGCUCUUAAACCCUUGACCAGAGUGGGAUGGAGGCCUAUGAGCAGGGUUUCCCUGUACAAAUCUGUGCCAACAAGACUACUCUCACGAGCCUGGGGACGCUUGAACAGUGUAGAACUGCCCACCUGGCUCCGGAAACCUGUCCUCAGCCUCUACAUCUGGACAUUCGGUGUCAACAUGAAGGAGGCAGCUGUGGAAGAUCUUCAUCACUAUCGAAACCUGAGUGAGUUCUUCCGACGGAAGCUGAAGCCACAGGCACGGCCAGUUUGUGAUAUUCACAGUGUGAUCAGUCCAUCUGAUGGCAAGAUCCUCAGUUUUGGACAAGUGAAGAACUGUGAGGUGGAGCAAGUGAAAGGCAUCACUUAUUCCCUGGAGUCCUUUCUGGGCCCACAAGCUACUACUGAUAAUUCUGACAUCAAGCCAGCCUCCUGCCCUGACUCCUUUGAAAAGCAUCUGGUCACACAAGAAAACAAUGAACUCUAUCACUGUGUGAUUUACCUGGCACCUGGAGAUUACCACUGUUUCCAUUCACCCACUGACUGGACAGUGUCUCAUCGGCGUCACUUUCCAGGCUCUCUAAUGUCUGUGAAUCCUGGGGUGGCUCGCUGGAUCAAAGAACUGUUCUGCCAUAACGAACGAGUUGUCCUCAGCGGUUGCUGGAAACAUGGCUUUUUUUCUCUGACUGCAGUGGGAGCGCAAAACGUGGGAUCUAUCCGCAUCUAUUUUGACAGAGACCUGCGUACAAACAGCCCCCGAUACAGCAAAGGAUCCUAUAAUGACUUCAGUUUUGUAACCAACAACAACAAAGAAGGCAUUCCUAUGAGAAAGGGAGAACAUUUAGGGGAGUUUAACCUGGGAUCAACCAUCGUUCUGAUCUUUGAAGCACCGAAGGACUUUAAUUUCUACCUGAAACCUGGCCAGAAAAUCAACUUUGGAGAGGCCCUAGGAUCUCUUUAGAGCCUCCACUGCCAGGGGGGAUUUUAUAUGCAAUAGGGACUCAAUUCAAAAAGGAAGUUUCUCUAUGAUGGAAGUAUUGCUCAGCAGGACCUGAGUUAGGACACUUGUUCUUAAACUGGGGAUGCACAAGUGCAAACCCACUACGACAGCUGCAUACAUAUCAGGGAUCGUGGCCUUUAAGAAUGUUGACCAGGGUGGCUUUUCUUCUUCCCUGUGCCUGCAGUAACAAGUUUCUCCCUUUACACUCCUUUAUGCAGCCCACUUUUGCACAGAACCUUGAGGGCUGUGUUGAGCCAAUGUAAAUUCUGCAGUUCGAGGGAGGAGAGGAAGCUGAGGGAUUCCUCCUUUAAAGGGACACUAGCAGAUUGACCUAUGCACCAUGAUGUUUUAUUUGGUAAACUCAUUUUCCAAAUUAUUUUCAUACAAGCUUGCUUUAUUGUCUAAUCUGAAAAAUGGGUUGUCCAGUACCAGCAAAAGAAUCAUCAAACAUUCAAGCUCCAUUAGAUUUAUCACCUUUUAAAAGUUCAGUCUGUUAUUCUCCCUUUAAAGCAGAAGUUUGCACUGUAUUUUAAACCUCAAACACUGUGUCCACCUUCCAUAUUUGACUUGAUUGUGUUUGUUUUCAGGAAGCCUAUUUUACUUUUAGCUGUAGCUCAGCCUAAACCUAUUAUUUCAGCUUACUAUUCUGGGCCUUAAAAAAUUCUGUUCUGUUAUGGGAGAUACCCAGAUUCCUUAUAAGCUUUGAACAUUAAAAGUGGCCCAGUUGAUUUAAUUUCUUUGUGCACAGCCAGUGGGGAUUCUUUUGCUGUUAGAAAUAAGCACGGACAAUUGCCAUGACUGGGGGAAGGGAUGAGGCAAACAUUGAGAGAGUCUGCAAAUAUGCAGAAUUCAAAUAGCAAUAGGAUAGAUUUUAAAAAAAACUUGGGAAUCUUCUGAGUAAUCCUGUUCUUCUUGCAUGCAUUUGACUUUUCCCAUUCUUUGCUGAACUUGCAGAUAUUUAUAUAGCUUUCUUCAGAAAUGCAAAUUUCCCCAUGCAAGAUCAGAAGUCAGGAAUUCUGUUCCGAAGCCUCAUCAUGCAAAUGUCUCAGAAUUGAUGCUCAGAGGGGUUCAAUUUGACAUCUUGCCUUUUUCUGGAAGGACCAUGGCAGCAAAGAGGACUGGUGCACCAAGGAAUAUCAUAUGUACCACAUGGCACCUGAUAGCUUUACGUCACCUAACACCAAAUACAUUUCAAAACUUUUCAAUAUAUUUGGUAAACUAAUCUUAAUCUGUUUCUUCACAAGAAAAUAUAUUCAAGCAACUAUUACACAUGUACAAAUAAAUCAAUUUGUAAUACAAAAAGUCACAAUUUUUUUGUUCUCCAUAAUUCAACAAGAAAUCUAUACAGUAAUUAGUGAGCAAUUGAACUGCCGGUUUGGGUUUCAGUUUCACAGAACUGCUUCUUGGCCUAUCUAUAAAGCACAUGACAUAAAGAUAUAUUUAGAGAAUUCCAACAGUAAUGAACAUAAUCAUAUAGAACAAAUCUAUUUACGUACCACAGUAUACUAGCUCCACGUGAGUUUUUAAUAGUGCUUAGGCACAUAUUGGCACGUUUUCUGGGAGCAGUGCUAAGUAAGUUCCUUCCAGCAUUAAAACAUAAGUAGACUUGUUUUAUAUGAUUAUGUUCUUUACUGUUGGGAUUCUCUAUUCCGAUAAAAAUAUAUCUUCAUGUUGUUUGCUUUAUAGAUAGGCCAAGAAGGUGCUCUGUGAAACUGAAACCCAAACCGGAGGUUCAGUUGCCCACUAAUUACUGAAUAGAGUUCUUGUUGAAAUAAGUAGAGCAGAAGAACUGCGACUUUUGGUAUUAUCUAUUUGUAUACAUAUAAGAGUUGUUUGAAUAUCAUUUCCUGUGAAGAAACAGAUUAAGAAUUACUAGUUUUUAGAGUAUAUUGCAGAGUUUUGAAAUUUAUUUGGUCUUGGGUGACCUAAAGCUAUUAGUCUCAGUGUGGUACAUAUUAUAUUUUUUCUGGAAGGAGGCUCACAGUGACUGGUGCCAAAAGAGCAGGAAAAGAAAAGGGAUUCCUUUAUUUAGAGUAUGCUUUGUUUUAAACUAAUCGUUUUGACGUCAAGAAACAAGCGCACAUAGCUAAACAGAGUGCUGAGUUUAUUUAGCUUUAAAACAUACUGUCCCUUUAAAACACCUUGUGUAUGCUUAACUUAAGCCUUAUAUGUAUACUUGCCAGCACCGCCCCCCCCCCAACACAUGCACAUGACAAGAAAGCAACAGUCUUCUCCUUUUAAUAUAAAAGGAGUAUGAAGUACCUGGAAGAGAAAGCUACACCCACACACCCCUAAAAUACAAAGACUAAGGUGCCUGCUGUGGAGCAGAUCUUUCUGGUCUGUGUGUGUGUUUGGGUGUGUAAUGUCCUGGUUGAGGCAUGAAUGCUUCUACUGACCCCCCGUAUUUCUAGUGGUGGGACUGACGUAGGGCAGAGACUUCUUCAAGAUGCCUGGUCCGCCUCUCUUUACAGUUUACAGUUUUCAAAAAAGCAGUUUACUGCUUGUUUCUUAAGUAGCAAGUCACCCUCUUUUAACCCUAGAAUGCCAUGAUAGCUGACAUCUCCUGUAUUAGUACAUCACUGACGAGGCAAAACCAGUUGAACAGGGACAGUUAUGAAACAGCUGAAAAUAGACAAGAGGCACCAAAGGGGCAGCCUUGUUCCAGCCACUGGACGAGCAAAUGGCUCCCACUGUGGCUGCACAGCCAUCCAUGCUCUGAACUUUAACGUCUCAUUUCUUAGCCUAUCUAGCUGUACUGGUCUGAAUUCCAGGAUGUUCUUGCCUGUGCCAGGCACAGAGUUCUACAGGAUGAAUGUUCUGUGCUGAGCCGGGUCAUGUGGCAGCCAGUGCUGAAAAGGUCACAUUAAGUGGACGCGGGUUUCUUGGUGAUGCUGUGAAUUUCUCCUACACGGAGAAUCCAUUUAAUUUUUCAACUGUAUCAGUAGCACAGUAUUUUUGUAUGUCAAAAUGUACAACUUAUGGACAUUAACUCCUUAAUUGCAAACAUUUUUUAAAUAAAACAAGUGACUUGC